CUUUGACAUUUCCGGAAGUGGCUGACAGUAACGGUUAGCUGACAGAAAAUAAAAGUCGUCGGGUUCAGGUUUAUUGUUGGUGAUCUUUUAGAAGACAUGCUGGAUGUGAUUUAAUAGGUUUGACCCACUGUGGAUUUUACUAUGUAAGGACAGUAGAAAAUACCAGAAACACGUGUUGCUACAUGUAUGCCUACUGAGGGGUGUGGAAUGUUUGUGUCUAGACAGCUGAGCCAUCAUGAGGUUCAACAGUAAAGAGUUAUCCUUCCUUGCCCAUCAGCCAUCCUCACGCUUCUCAAAGGAAGGCGUUCUGUGGAUGAAAGAUAAACACGAUGGGCUAUUUAAAAAGGGAGAAGUGAAUCAGGAACGCUUCUUUCGUUUGAGAGGAAAUUUAUUGUUUUAUUUCAAAAGUAAAGAACUUAAGGGGGAUCCACUUGGUGUGCUGAUCUUGGAGCGGUGUACCAUAGAACUGUCUACUGGAGCUGAAACAGGAGACCUGUUUGGAUUUAUUAUUGUGUACGAGGGAGAUGAACACACUUACAAGUUUGCCACCAACACAGAGGACGAACGAGACUUGUGGAUACAGUGCCUACACAUUGCCAGUUAUGAAUGUCUCAAGAUGCAGCUACAGAGUCUUCGUGAACAGAUCCAGGCCAGAACUGGACGGGACCCCAUCUCGCAGCCGCCUCCGACAGACACGGGGAUGGAAUACGAAACACAAUCUGGUAACACAGAUGAAGAUCCGGCCAUGGAACUCUGUAUAGGUUGUGAGGACUUGCAGUGUGACAGCAGUGGAAAGGCCCCUAACCCGCUGGUUGUGCUAUAUACCAUUAUACCUCCGCAACAGAACUGGAUACAACAUAAUCACACAGAAGUCGUAGAGAAAAGUAAAAGUCCACAGUUUUUGAAGACAAUUGGUUUUGGCAAUCUGAAUGGUGUGGACACCUGUACCAGAGUAAAACUGACCGUGUUUCAUGUGAAGGAGAGGAUGACUGGCACGAUGUCACAGCUCGGCCAGGCCAUCUUCACACUCCAGGAUCUGCUGAUGGCGCCAGACAUGCGAUUACGUCUGGAGCUACAAGGUCCAGAUCCUAUAAUGAAUGGCUACGUGACUGUUAUGUCUUGGAUCAAUGACGGCAGUUUGUCCAUCCAGGAUUCCCACGAUAGGGUUAGCAAUGGUGACGAGAGGCACAGACUGGUAGCAUUACGUCGCCGGUCAAAGCGCAUCGACACACUACGCCCAAUGUAUAGCAAUAUCACAACACGAACAUUCCGCUUCGACACAACAAACGGAAGUGUGAAGCUGUUGGUUCAUGAAUACAUGGGGGAGAGUAAACUGUCAUUUGACAUUCCCUGUCAGCUCCUGAAAUUAUGGGUUGAUGAAGAAAAGGCAAAAAUUACACAACUUCAGGAAUUAAGACAGUUAGUACCAAUGAUAGAGGCUGAGCAAGUAUCCCAAAUCACAACGUGCGCUGCAACAGUUUCUAAAUACGUUGACAUUCUCAAUCUGCUGGCUAACUUCUCAGGCGCACAUUUUAAACAGAGUGUGAAGAAGGGAGAUAAAGAUCUACAGUUUGUACCGGUCAACCUACACUUACAAAGGAUGACGGUCAUCAACGAAGUCCGCAACAGCACUGGUUGGUAUGACAUCAUCACUGUCGGAGCAUUCACGGCCUAUCCUCAUAAAUAUAAACAUGGGGGCCUUCGUAGAAUGCUGCAACAACAGCAUGACCUUCUGUCUGCUGAUGCAACCUUGAGUCGCACAACAAAAAUACAGAGGUCAUGUGACCUAGUGAAUUCUGUGUUAGAUCUCAAAACUGUGAUAGGACAAUAUUGUGAGAAGUUGUGUCAUGUCGCCAUGGCGGGGACGGCGGAGGAAUUUGGCAUCAUUAUGGAGAUGGUAUCUGACAAGGUGCGAAAUCUAGUCCAGAUUUGUGAUAGCAGCCUGCUUCAGGAGGCUGCCGACAACUAUAACGAGGCCAAGAUUGAGACAUCCCCUCCCCCAAAGGAGACACCCUCCCCUAGCUCUCAGGACUCUAGUCCUGGGGACCUCACUCCUGAGAAGGCCUGGAAAUGGACAGGAAGCAACUUUGCACAGAGUCCUACAGUAGAGCCUUGGGAGAUGACACGUGUGAACACAGAAGCUGCCCUAGUGUGUCUCAGCUCUAUGGUUGAGGAGCUAAUUACCAACAGAUCUGGACCCAUGGACAGACCUAAGUGGCUGGGAGAGAUCAGUCCUGGUGUUAUCAAAUUAAAGAGCUUUAUAGAACUUGUUAGUCAGAGAGUGAAGCUCUUCAUGUCCUUUCUUAAUCUAAUGGAAAACCGAGGACAAACACAACUCAUGCAUAUGAUUAAAUAUAGACGAGAUGUAUGUUUCUCCCAUGCUUUGACGUCCCUUGUGGCUGGCUUUACAACUAAUCUAGCUACCUGUGAUAAAGACAAAUUUUACUUUCAACAACUUCUCCAUGUUGGAGUGUUUGCCCAGUUUGAGGGACUGCUCAGUUGCUAUGGUGAUGAGAUGGGGAUGUUGGAGGACAUGACUGUGGCUUUAGAAGAUCUCAGUCAGGUGACUUUCCACUUUAUCCUUCAAAAGGAAUAUGAACAAUCUCCAAGCAUCUCUUCAGACAGUCACCUGAUAUCUGGCAUGUAUGCAGACUUUAAUAGACAUCGUGUACGAGUAGAAGUUCCUGUACCAGAAGUUCUAUACAAGAAACUUCCAGACUCAUUGGCUCAAGGACAGGCAAUCCAUGUUACCCCAGUCCUCUUCAAUGUUGGCAUCAAUGAACAAGCUUCUCUGGCUGAAAGGUUUGGGGACACCACUCUACAAGAGAAGAUUAACACAGAGAGUAUGGCCAAGGUGUUCAGUUAUAAGGAAAAAUAUCUGACCGCAAUAGGCGAUCAAGACGGUAAAGGAGGAAGUGGAUCCCUGACAGAUUUGUGUACAAAGUUACACUACAAUGUAAACACCAAGAAAAACAAGAAUACAGAGAUCCUGAGUCUUGCUGCUGAGAUUUGCAGGAAGUUACGAGGCAUUCGGUUCACGAGCUGUAAAAGUGCCAAGGACCGGACGGCUAUGUCCGUCACACUUGAACAGGUAAAGAACCUACAGCAAGAACACGACCUCGCCUCCCAUGUAUUUUCACAGGCCCUCGACUGCUUUAGGAGUGAGGGAGUGAGAAGGGAGAACACCCACAAAAAUGUUGGUGUCAAGAAGUACGCCUUUAAUGCUCUACAGCUCAUGUACUUUCCAAAACAGUACAGACCUCCAAACGGUACCUAUGGCAACGUACAGGGAUAGUACUGUUGCUAUGGUGAUGUGAUUAGUAUUGUGAUGGAAGGAAGUAAUGAUGACUUUUGCAGCAAUACUUUGGGCAUUUCCUAGAUGUAAUGAAUUUUAUGUUUAUUACCGGUAGUGAAAGUCUUUUCCAUACAGAUACAAAAUAAUAGAUGUUUAUGGCUGGUAGUGAAACCCUCAUUCCAGAGAUGUUACUUCCUGUAGAUGAUCUAAUGUCAGGUUAAGAUGGCCUAUGAUUAGGCAUUGAUGACCUAAUGUCAGGUUAAGAUGGCCUAUGAUGAGGCAUUGAUGAUCUUAUGUCGGGUUAAGAUGGCCUAUGAUGAGGCAUUGAUGAUCUUAUGUCAGGUUAAGAUGGCCUAUGAUGAGGCAUUAAUGAUCUAAUGUCAGGUUAAGAUGGCCUAUGAUUAGGCAGUGAUGACCUAAUGUCAGGUUAAGAUGGCCUAUGAUGAGGCCGUGAUUAUCUAA